CAACGACAACGACGCCGGCGCCGGCGUUAGCAAUGCCGAUGGGUUCGUUGCCGCUGCUGUCGCUAUCGCUAUCGCUGCUGCUGCCGCCGAAGCAUCGUGUUCAAGUCAAGAGCAGAAUUUACACGCAGCCAGCAUAACACAAAUUUCAGUCGGCUUUUUCACGACGCGCCCGCGGUUGUUGUUCCAACCAGGAUUUUUUGACAGCAAAUUAAAGUGCAUCGUUGCCUGUCAUUAAAUAUAAAAUAAUUAAUUUUUUUCUCAACACCAUUGUGCAAGUUAUAAAAAAUAAUGUUACAGCAAUAGUGCGAAAAAAGAGAACGUGAGCCGGCGCCAUAAAGGGAAUGAUAUUUUAAGCAGUUAAGGGUCAUGGACUAAUAAGGCUUACAGCAAUCGCAGGAGACCGCCAGGCAGCCCGUCAAGUCACACACAACUCAAAUACACCCUAAAGUUGAGCAGUACUACUUUGGCCUUCGACAACAGAAUGAUGUUUGAUGUGACCUGGCUGCCCACCGCCUGUGGCUCAUUGGCGCCCGCAUUGAUACCGCCGGCUCACAUAGUCAUUUUGUGGUAUUUUUGGGAGAACUAUGCACGUUAUGUGGACCGUCAUUUCUGUACAUGCUCCUGCUGGGACACAGUAUUCAAGGGCCCCUACGAGUCGGGAGUGGCUGCCUACAAGCACAUGUACUUCAAUGCCACGCCCAAUAGCUUCAAGAUGUGGAUACUCACGGUCUUUGCCGUUAUUGCACUCUAUGAGUGCAUCAAGCGUCUCAUCGCCCUAAUCCUGCAACAACGUGUGCGAUACUCAAUGUUGCUCCUCUUCCUGCUUUCGAUUUUCUCGCACUAUUACGCCUGGUGGGCGUACAUCAACUAUUACAACGACGACUACUACAAUCAAUGGAAUCACCAACUGUUCUUCACGAUCACAGAGCUGUUCUCCACGGUGCUAGUGAUGCACCUGGCCAACACGACGAACGUCGUGAAGCCGAAGAAAGUUUUUUGCAUUGUUGGUAUCGCUUUGCUGCACAUUCUCGCCGGCAGCUUCGAUCAGUUCUUCAUGAAUGUGGUGCGUGGUGAGGGGGCAGCGCAUCAGGUGGUGCGAGAUAUUGGCUUUAUGCUGCCGGACUUACUGCACCUCUUCAUACCGCUUUGGCUGCUGCGUAAGGCACGAAGUGAGAGCUUCUCGACGCGUCCAUUUUACCGAGAUCGCAAGUUGCACAGGGACAUUGUGGCCAUGUUGUGCUUGGUAUCGUUGAUGUUUGUGCUCUGCACGAUUUUGUGAGAACGAAUUCUGCUGGGCGCCUAUGAGGAGGUGCAUGGCAAGAUAAAACCCGCUCAGGACGCUGCCCUGAUGCUGUUGAAUCAUUAUCGCAUGCUGGCGAACAGCAAUGUGCAUAACUAGAGGAUGGCUUGGCCGGGAUGGACUGUGGACAAUAUGCUGCACUUCUUGUCAGUAAGUGGGCGGGCGCAACCACGCCCUUAUAUGCUUAUAGUAAUCUCUAUUCUUGUUUGCAAUUGACGAUUUGUGAUAGUUUUUCUUUGGAGCAAAUGCGUUUGUUCAAGCGCAAAAAAAUAGAAUAUCGAGGCAUAUACUAAGUAGUAUCAACUAAUACUAAUCAAAGUACAUAAUCAAUGCGGCAAACUGUUGGCUUCCAUUUAGAAACGUUGACCGAUGCUCUGUUGAAACAUAUCCAUAUAAAUAUCCCUUACACAAUUGCUCUAGGCACAAAUAGAAGAUCUUAUACCAUAUCUAUUCGAACGAACGCUGGCUGGGUGCAGCUAAUCGAUCAGUAAUAUCAGUAAAAAUUAAAUCGAAUAUCGAAACUUACAGAUAAUUAAAAUAAGUACAACGAAUGAACGAAUAAUUAGCAUAAGCUAUGACAAGGCAUAAUGAAAUAAUGAAUACAUUUUAAAUAAUGACCUCCACAUCAACUUUUUGCCAAGUAUUGCAUAUUUUGUAACCCACCCAGUGUUAUUCUAUCUUAGCGUUAGAUGCAAUUUAGACUGUUGUUGGAUAAUAUAGUAUUAUUAUACACAGACACGAACCGAAAUAUUCCAGUACCGUAGUAGAAAAAAAAAUAAUUAAAUUUUACUAAAUUAAA